CAGCGACUGAGGGACGGCCUUGGUUGUUUCAACAGAGAAUGCUGGAGGAUUAAAGAUUGUGAACAGCUGGAGUCAACAACAUCACAGACAGCGUAAUGUUGUCUUGAAAAUGCAGAGGAAAAAAACAGCAUAACCUCUCUUUUGAACAGAUUUACGCUGUUGAGCACCAUGGUCAGCGUCCGGACCCUCCUGUUCCUCCUCACGGCCACCUGCUGUGCCUACCUGCGGACGUCCCGAGCCGAGGAGUCCUCGCUGGAGACACGCUCCGUAGACUUCACCCUGAAAACCCAGCAGGAGAAAGACCUGAUCGAUGCUUUGCAAGAAGUUCUAGAAAAGCUGAGAAACAAAGAAAUGCCCCUGGAGAAGAAGCUUGGCUGGUUACCCUCAUGUGAUGCAGGGGAGCCGUGCGCUGUCCGUAAAGGUGCACGCAUCGGCACCCUGUGCAGCUGUCCACGGGGGACUGCCUGUAACUUCUACGUCCUCAAAUGCUUGUAAAGAAGAGACAGGAGCGCACAGGUGACCAAUGACUUCGGGUCAAUCUUGCCAUUUUCUUUUUCAUACGUGGUCAUUUUGUUCCUUCCACCUUGUAUUUCAGCCAUGCUGCACCGAUGUACUGUGACUGUUACUCAAAGGUUUGCUUUUCUUUGCAGCUGGUAUUCAGUGCAUUGUGAAAAUAUCUAUGGCAGUCACAAAUUGUUCAAAAUCUACAGAUAAUUCAUAUCUUUAACAUUUAUCCUCUGUCCUUUUAUUUUGAGCCAGCUGAUCUUAGUGGAAUUUGAACAGCAGAGAAUAAAUUGUCUGGGACUCCAAUAACUCUUAUGGUUUAAUACCAAUCCAGUAAUUAACGUUUAAUGUACUAUUAAACAAGUGUGACAUUUUGACAUCUAUGUUAUGAAUAAAAAGUAAAGUGCUCUUUGGGA